UCGGGUGGUCCUUCUCUUCCGCAUCACUCACUGACCCUUUUUGCGCAGUGACGUAGUAGCAGAAGUGGCGUUCGCUGUUCCGGACACGUGGUGCACGGUGGGCGUGCCCAGGGCGCUGAUGUAAACACAAAAUACGCCUCAUCCCCCCGGACGACUAACUCACAGUGGACUGGAUCGGCAAGAUUAACCCAAAUAGCCGUUGUUGGUCCGCGAUAACGGUCCUUGUCUGUUGCGUGUAAUAUGCUUUAAAUCGCAGACAGGCGACGCCAUGGACUUCUACAUCAACCUGAAGGUGAAUUUCAGGGGAAAUUCCAAGAAUUUCCUCCUGUCGGGAUCUGAGACCAAGAACUGGGAGUCGAUGGAGGCCAUGGUGAAGCGUUCCUUUGGCCUGUGCAGCCUUCAGCUGACCUAUUUUGACGAGGAGAACGAGGAGGUGUCCAUCAACAGUCAGGUGGAGUAUGAGGAGGCAUUGAAGAGUGCAGCGAGGCAGGGAAACCGACUUCACAUGAACGUGUAUGAGACUCGAGGUCAGUCCAUGAGGGUCCCCGCCACCAAGUCCAGUGGAGCAGAGCCCAAGCGGGGCUUCAGACCCCCACAGCACUGCCCCACCCUGGCCCAGGUAGUCAGCCGCAAGGUCCAGGCUGCAGUGCCAGAACAGGGCAUGGUUAUCUUGAAAGAAGUGAAAGGCACCAAAGAAGAAGACAAGACGCCUCCGGCGUGGUUCACUUCCUACAUGGAGAAGUUUAAGGACCAGGUGGUACGGGAGGCGGUGGAGAAGAUCUGCAGGGAGUUCUCUGGACAGUGCUGCAUCCACAAGCCCCUGGGAGUGGGAGGGGCAGCAGGUGGAGCAGGGGGAAGUAGAGGGGAAGCAGUGGCUGGGGCAGAGGCACAGCAGGUUCCUGAGGUGUCUUCCACCCUGCCUGGAGCACCAUCCUCCUCCACUCCUCCCUGCUCCUCCUGCAGGGGACAGACAACCGGAGGAGGCUACCAGUGCAGUGUGUGUACGUCCUGUACUCUGUGCGAACCCUGCAGUUUCUCUCAUGAUCCCAGUCACAACCUGGUGAGAGCAAGGACUCCUCUGUCCAUCCCAGAACACGGAUCACCUGCCCCUGACCACAGCAAGUUCUACAGGCGAGGUGACCGCAGUUUCCGCAAGGCGGAGAAGCAGCGGCUCAAAGCAGAGAAACGACUGCUUAAAGCUGAGGUCAAAGAGAUCCGCAAACAGCUGAGGAUGGAGAGGCGGGGCAUACAGUGGAGCUCUUCCCACAGAGAUGGAAGCUCCUCACCCGUCCUUCUGCAGCCUCGAGCCACCCAGCACAACAGCCCAGAGCGUCCAAAGCGUCCCUGUCCGCUGGUGGUUCCAACCAUGACUGCUGCAUUUCUUGAUGAAAACCUUCCUGAUGGAACCCGACUGCGUCCUGGGACUAAGUUUAUUAAAUACUGGAAGAUGAGGAACACUGGGACUAUCAGCUGGAGUGCUGAUACUAAGUUGAAGUUCAUGUGGGGGAACCUAGCGGUGGGAUCUGGGGACCGUUGGAGAGAGGUGUCUGUUCCCUUCCUUCUGCCAGGACAGGUCGGGAUAGUGAGCGUAGCUCUGUGUGCUCCCUCUGUGGAGGGCUCCUACACCUCCCACUGGCGCCUGGCCCACGCUGGGGAGCAGUUUGGACCGAGGGUGUGGUGUAGUAUUGUUGUCGACCCUCUGGCCCCUGCACCCAUGAUGGCUGAUGGGAUACUGGUGUCACCCUGUGUCACACCACAGGGUAAAAACCCAGCGGCCAAGGAUGGAAAAGCCGUAGCAGCUUCUAGAGAGCAGCCUCUAAUGUCAGUGGACCAGGAAGAGUACUUCAUCCCCUCUGUAGACCUGCUCACUGCGCAGGAUCUUCUCUCCUUUGAGCUGCUAGACAUCAACAUUGUUCAAGAGUUGGAGAGUGUCCCAAACAACACCCCUGCGGACAUGACUCCCUGCAUAUCCCCUCUGCCUCAAGAUGGCCACCUGCAGGACAAGAGCAGUCCGUCUUUGGGUCUGAUCCGGGAAGAAACAGAGGUCAUCAACAGCAUCAUGGAUGUCCCCCAUGGGGCAGGAUCUGGAGCUGAAGGGGACGGAGUCCCGGCUCAGGAGGAGGGGGAGGAUGAUAUCAGUGGCUCUCAGUUUGUUUGUGAAACUGUGAUUCGCUCGAUGACCCUGGAGGAGGCCCCCGACCACGCCCCUCUGAGAGGGUCCCGACCAGGGACAGUGGCACGUCCAGCUACUCAGAGUGGCUCUUCCUCCUCCUCUUCCUCCUCCUGUGUGAACAGCAAAUCACUGAAAACAUGGGAGACUCCAGACAGUAACCCCGGCAGUUCCAACAACACCCUGAAACCACCUGCUACGCUGAAGGCUUCCCUCCCUUCCCAACUGAAAGCAUCCCUACCUGCUCCCACGUCUGUGGCUCUGACCCCGGGGCCCGGGCCCAAAUCGGCACCAACCCUGCCUCCUCCUUCGGCCAGGGCCUCCACAGCCACAGAUGCGGUUAAAGAGUCCCACAUGAAGAGCAUCUGUGUCAAGCCUGGGGAGGAGAAUGAGAACGAAGGAGGGGCGAAGGGAGAAGAGAUAAGAAGUCGCUCCUCCUCCACCUCCUCAGAGGAUUACAUCAUUAUCCUCCCUGAUUGCUUCGACACCAGUCGGCCACUGGGGGAGUCCAUGUACAGCUCUGCUCUGUCCCAGCCUGGUGACAUCUCAGCCAAAACCCCCACAGACCUUGAUACUCCGACUUCUGACCUUACUGACCACCCAAGCAGUACUGCUGAGGACAUGGGAGUAGCUGAGGCAGAGGAAGCUUCAGGGACCGAGUUGUCGGGCACCAGCAGUGCCAACGACAUGCUUUGUACAUCUCAAACGCUGGAUGAUGAACCACUGACACCUGAAGUGGUGGCCCCACCUACAGCCAUCGUCUCACCAAGUCCAGAGAGCAGUGGAGAAACAGAUGCUGACCCUGCUGCUGCUACUGCUGCUGCUGGGGAAGGAGCCGAGGGUUCUGAAUUGUACCAAACUGAGGAUGCCUCUGGUUCUGAACAGACUCAGACAGAUGAUACUGGAGAUACUGAAGGCACAGAAGAGAACCCUGAGGACCCCAGGCACCCAGGCAUCACCAGCGGCCUGGUGAAGGGAGCUCUGUCAGUAGCUGCUUCUGCUUACAAAGCUCUGUUCACUGGACAAGGCCCCACACAGCCUCCAUUGAACGCGUCCACCCAGGAAACCAUGAUGGCCGUGCUGGUGGAAAUGGGCUUUGGGGACCGGCCACUGAACCAGCGGCUGCUGAAGAAACACAACUACAACCUGCUUGACGUGGUUAACGAACUUGUUCAGAUGACCGACAAUGACUGGUACUCCACACGCUACUGACAAAAGAGAUGAAGAUGUGCAGGAAGAAGGAUGGGAGAUGGAGAUGAAACAUAAGUUAUAAUGAAUGAAGAAAGACGAGAAGAAAGAAAUCCAUUUCUGCUCAUCUACCUUUUUACCUUUAUCUUUCAGCCUAUCUCUCUUCGAACUGGUCCAGUUAAAUGGAGAGCAAUCUUCUCUUUAUAACAACAUACAGGGAAACAUUCCAGCAAGCUUCUCUGCAAUCCUGCAUUAGAUCAUCAAUCACCCACUGUCCGUCGUAUAACUGUCAGUGUUGGCCUUUAUAGUGGCAGGCUGGCUCCUCUGCUGACCAAUCAAAAUGAGCUACGUGUUGCAUAUCUUUUGAUUGAAGCAAGUAAAGAAGUGGGUGUUAACUUCACAAAGCAAGCAAACAUGGCGUUGUGUUAGGUUCCAAAACUAACCAGGUCCAACAAUCACAUUUAAUGUGACAUUGAUUUAAAUUCACCAACAUCAAUAUAGAAACGAUGGUAAUUAUUUGUUAGUAUUGAAAUGUCAUACACACCACCUUUCUACUUUCCUCUUUUGCCCAGGAGUUAAAGUGUUAAAAGUACAUACAUCAAGUAUUGCAUCCGCACUGAAAACAAUAGUCACUUUUGUCAGAGAAUGUGUACACAUGCUAGUCAGUCAUAGAAUGAAAAUCCACAUUAAAUUAUUGUUGACUGUAUAUCAAACUGUAUAAAGUCUUAAUAUAAGUUUUUUUAUCAAGGCAUCCUGGGUCCUUGAUGGUUUCACUUAAGCGUCUGUCAUUUGUCCCUGAUCUGCUACCCUAACCUGAUGGGUGUCAACAUAGUUUAACAAAAAUCCAGUCCCAUAAGAGUGUGGGUACCAUUUUCUGCAAAUCUGUUAAAAGGGAUUUUAAUAAACUACUAUAGCUGGUAAACAAAUGGCUAAUGCUUCACAACAACGUAUCUUGUUAAAGGGAAUAGGAAAUAUUUUUCAAAACUCAUAUAUGUAGACUCACGUUAAAGCUACACAAACUUUUAUUUGACACAAAUAAUCUGCCUAUAAGUAAAUCCACCGAUUUCAUUGGCUCUAUUAAAAAAAAUUAUUGAUUUCACUGCGGAAAUCAGAAGUUUUGAAAGCUGGUGUGAUUGGGUGGGAAGGUUUUAGGCUUGUAUGUGGUUCAGGUUUGGUCAUUGUCAAAUGUAAUUUAUUAGAAAAUGUGUCUGUCUCACUGUGACGUCAUUUGCAUCUGUGCAUCGUGUGUUAAAUGUUUUAGGCAGAUGCAGAAUGCCCAUAGAGUAUGGUCACUGCCUUGCAUAAGCCAGGCAAACCAAUGUUUAGUAAAAGUUCAAAUAAGCAAAAAUUAAGCUAUUGUGCUUGGCUAGAUUCCCUAGGUUUCUGUCUCUUAUUUCUCACACACUGGAAGAUUAUGUAAAUUUGUCAUUAGUCAGCAGAGACUACUAUACUGUUUAUACAUAAGCAUAGAUUCAUUUUAAUAUAUCUGGUUUUAUUUGGCUGUUUAUUAAUGUUGCAAGUUCAGAAACAGGACUGCUUGGUUAUAACCUUAUCGCAUAUGAACAAUGCUUACAAGUAAUUGCUGUAUGUCAUGAGCCCCGGAGCUUGGUACAAGGUGAUUAUCUGUUCUCAUGUAGGUUCAGACUAUCUUACAUUGUGGCUGCUUUUCUAUUUAUAUUUUUGUUUUGUACAUUUUGUCAACAUUGUUAAAGAGUAUUAGACCUAUUACUGGGCUAUAUGCAUAACCUGCUGUAUGAGUUGAUGACCACUGAAAGCAGAAGAACAUUCCCCCAAUGUGACUUUAGAGUAUUUGCACUUAAAACUUAAAGGACACAGGUACCAUUCAUUGAACGUAAAACCAACAUUUACCUCCAACUGACCUUUCCUUCAAUCAUACAUUUUGUCUUGACAGUCAAGCCUCUUCCCUGCGUUAGUUUAUUAUUCUGAACAUGUUGGAUGUUUCUCACAGUAAGGAUUUUCUCCUCUGCUCAGAGCAAAGGUCUCAGUAUGCUUCAAAUGAACUGGUUCAGUUCAAUUGAGGCCACACUCAAUUUUGGGGUAUUAGUGUCUUACACUGUUGGACAGUCACUCCUUUAAAUCAUUCCUGGUGUUCAGCCCAAUUAUUUAUACAAAAAGGUUGUAUAAAAAAAAUAUUUUGUUAAGUCACAAACUUUGGCACAUUCACAAUUUUGCAAUAGGAAAGGGCGUUAUAGACAGCUUGUUUGGUUCGCUUGUAGGCAGGUUUGAGAGACAUUACAAGCUCUGGCACAGAAUUUUCACAUAAUUGUGAUUUCAUAAUAGAUAAGGGUUCUCAGCAUGAAGCAAAUAGUUUGAUUUCCAUUGCAACACAGAUGCAUGUCAGGAUUGGUGUUUGUGUAUCAGAUCAAAAAAUGAAAAGAAAUUAGCUGUUCAUCACCAUUUAGAUGGAUCCCGUGGUGAUGACGCAAGAUCACCAACACUGUCCAAUGAAAAAGUUACUUCACCGGUCUUUGUGAUAUUAUUUUUCUAAGCUUUUACUUUGCUUGGAACUACAGUACACGAUACAGAAAUACAGGUGUGAAAGCAGUAGAAGACUCAACAAUUCUUUGUUUGAAAUAUAGAUGGGACUGAAGAUAAAAAUGAACACAUCUCACUUUAGCUUUUCUUCUUUUAACAACGGAGUGACUGUUUAGCUGAGUUAGAAUGAUUACAUUUCAUGCCUUCAAACGGCAAUGAUGAAUUAAAUCCCCUAUACGAUGUUCAUCUAUGUUCAUAUCAUUUUACUCUCGUGUAUUGUGUGUCGUGCUAAGGUUCGGGGUUGAUACUGCUCAGCCUUUGUCAGAGCACUUUAAGAGUAUGUACAAGAUAGUCUUUCCAAAAUUUAAUUCGAAUCAAACAGUGUGUAACAAUGUGAAAUGUUUUUUUUUUUUUGUUUUUUUUUCAAAAAUGUAUGAAUAUACAAAACCUAGUUGGAAGCAUUGACUAUCAGUUAUCACUAAUUUAAGUUAAGAAUUGAGAUUUGUUUUUUCUUUGAAUGCUUGAAGGCUGUUUGGAAAUAUACAAAAACUGAGCUGUGGAUGUUGUAUUAUCAGGCUUUUGUGUGGUGCUUGAAUUUGCUCUGCUGGAUGUGUAUGUUAAUGUUAUACUUUGUAAGAAAAGUUACCAGAUUGUUUUGAGGAUAUUGUCUUUUAGCUUGCACGUGAGAGGACUUUUGAAUUUGUGGUUGGAGUUGGAACAAAUCCUUUAAUAAAACAGCAAUUGUUGUAGGAUUAUGAUACAAUGUGUGCUCGACCAGUGUCAGUGCUAAAAAAAAAAGGUGUAAUUUCUCACAUACUCCAGGGAAUAGUUCAACAUUUUGAGAAGUAUUAUAGUUAAGCUUCAUCUAAAGUCACAAUAUCCACCAACAGCACCUCUAACGAUUAGUAGAAAGCAGAAGUAACUUUGUGGAGCUUAGAAGUUGGCCAGAGCAUAAUAAUAAUAUUGAUGAUGUUGAGAUCAGAUAAAAUAGAAAUAUAAAAUAGAUAUUGGCCUAAUCACAGUAGGUUUGAUAUGUGCUAAUUGGAAAACUUUAUUUUUGUGAACAUGAAGCAGAACAGAUGAAAGCUGAUUUAACAAUGGUGAAAAUACAUCAAAAGAUUAAGUUAACACACAGAGAAAAUUGCUUUGUGCCAAACUUAGCUACUAGUUUAUUUCCACUUAUUUUCCUGCCCAUGGACAGGUUAACAAACAUCAAAUCCUGAAAACAAAUCCCUUCAUCUCCAGUACAAAUGGACCAAAGGAAGACUACAAGAUGAUAUAUUUAAUCGAGUACAGGUCAGGCUCUACUCCUAAGAUUGCAGGACAUGUAGCCAUGAUGCUCCUACUAACAUUGUUUAAGGCUCUUUGUGUAGAGUUUAGUGAUAUCUAGUGGUGGAGUUGCAAGUUGCAGCUGAAUACCCCCUCACCUCACCAAUCUUCAAACAUGGAAGAGAAACUGUAGUAGCCUUCAGUUUUCAUAAAAACUCAAAAAGGUGUUUAGAUUGUCCAGUUUGGACUACUGUGAAAAACAUGGAGGCCUUGAGGACCUGUUUGGGAUGUAAAUAUAAAGUAUUUAAAUAUAAAUGGCCCAUUCUAGGGCAGAGAAAGGCACAAUUUGUACAAUUUAGAUAAUUACACAUUGUGAAAACAUCACUAGAAUUAUUAUAUAUUCAAUAUCUGCCAUUAGAUCCUUUUAACCUAAAUCUUACACACUGAACCUUUAAAAACAGGUAUAUUAGUUCCCUAACUCUCAGCAGGAGUGGAAAGUGGAUUCCUCUUAAUUUUGAGCUUCACAUUGGCUGUGAUGUAAUGUCUUAGCAGCUCAGCCACAGACUUUAUAUCUAAACUCCUGACUAACUUGACUUAGACAGACUAGUAUGGAUAUAUGGUGACGAUUUAAAUGAGACAUUUUCCACUCAGCGUGGCUCAUUUUAUGAUACCUGUGUAUAACUGCCACUGAGAAUACAUGAGUACAGUCUUACACAAAGGUUGAGUUCAAUGUUGAGUUCACUCGGCCAAUCUUACCUGCAUGAUGUUAAGGGACUGUGCAUGUGGUGUUACCAACAAAAUGAUGUUGUAAAAAAAAAUCCCAAAACAUUGAUUUAAAAAGGAAACAGGGAAUUUAUGAUAUUUUUUCUUUAUUUGGGGGUGUCCAAUUGAGUUAAUCUCCCCCAUCAUUAUAAAUUCCCACAGUAAACUGUGUUAGUAGCUUCACAUCGUGAAUACUGCAGUUUGUUCUAUGUUUUGCAUCACGUUUGCUCAACUGAAUCUCACCACAGCCCCCUUAAAAGACAGUAUUCGUAAGGAAACCCUGGUGCACAUAUCCAAACCAAACCCCUGUGUAGUCAAAUGGUGUAUGUGCACCUGAGGGUUUUAGGCUUUAAUUUAAGACAGGGCUGGUGAAAUGUUUUCAUACAGGGUUAAAGAAAACAAUUAUUUAAGGAUGAAGAUAAACGCUGGAUUGUUGAAGCUUAUUUUCUAUAUUGUACUGUAUCAACAUGGUGUACAUAUCUGUGUCCAAUUAAAGUCAAUGCACUUGA